AUGACAGAUCACUUCGUCGUCAGAGGGAUCCUCGGCACUGGAACGUACGGUGUCGUCUUCCUCGCCCACAAAAACAAUGAAGAUCAUUUGUAUGCCAUCAAGAUGGAGAACCUGGUCACGAUUGGAACCUCAAUGCAAUAUUACGCUCAACCGACGGUAGUCGGGUGCAUUGGGCCUCAACCAAUGGUGGCGCCCUUAUUCACUGAAGAAUUUGUGGACUAUCACUAUAUCCCUGUGGAGGCGUACAUUCUGCUCCUUACCAACGAGAGUGACCGGUUUCCGACCCUGGACUCAGUCUACACCCACGGCUACUAUCAGGCUAUUGUGAUGGACGCCCACGUCGAUGACGAGGUCGCAGAAUCUGCUUACGACCCCGAUGCCCCUUUUGCGAAGUGGAACGAGGAGAGAUUUAGCUCAUGCGGAGGCCAUAAUUUUGUCUAUAUGAAGGAGACAAAAUUGCAGGAGUACAUGGUCUGCAAGAUUGCAUCUCACCUAUUGGAAGGCAUCGCCUAUCUGCGCGAUAUGCGUAUCUGCCACAACGAUCUCACGAUGAGCAACUUUGUCAUAGACAAGAACUUAAACACCACCCUCCUGGAUGUCGGACUCUUCACAUUUGCGCUAACAGACGACGAUUAUUGGGCGCCUGACUUCACCUACGUGCCCGGCUACGAAGGCAACAGCACGCCAGAAGUCAUACUCGCGCUCCUGAGAGACAUCUACCGAGACAGGCUGAAAAAGAGGACGCAGAUCCAGGUCGGCGUGCCCCACGACGUGCGCAAGACCGGGCUGUGGAUGCUUGCCGCCGACAUCUACGAGCUGCUCCACGGGUACAUGCCCUGGGAAAAUCCCGAAUGGGACGGUCGAGUUAGCUAUUUGUCACAAUGGAAGCAACAGGGUAUUCCGAGAGGGCAUGAGCAACUGCGGUCAUAUGAGGCUAACCGUCGGCGACACAGGGUCGUCAACUUGGAAAUACCUCUCCGAGAGUCUCUCUCGCAGGACUGCGCGGAUGCCAUGUUGAUGAUGUUUGCCAAAGACACGAAGAAAAGGCCAACUUUGCCGGAGAUGGAGUCCUUUGUUUGGUUCGGGCAGUGGGAUUAUCUCGAUCCCGAGCAAUUUCAGCGGCCGGCGCCCUAUGAUACGUGA